GACAAGAGACACCGAGAGACAAGAGACACCGAGGGACAAGAGACAGCCACUGAGAGACACCGAGAGACAAGAGACACCCACUGAGAGACAAGAGACACCGAGGGACAAGAGACACCCCCCACCCACCAGAGACACCCGGAGCUUCUCAGGGACACACCGCGUUUCAGUCCUGGUCUGUCCGAGGGUCCCCAUCAUGAAUAAAAACAAGAAGAGGGUGGUCCUGCCCAGCCGUCCUGACCCCCCCACAGUGGACCAGAUCCUGGAGGACAUCAACAGGACUGCACCCAGCGACCCAGUGUUCAGUGUCCUGGAGCAGAGCGGACAGGACGUGUCACAGCCCUCAGACUCUGACGUGGACAUGAAGUUCCUUCAGUGUCGUCGUUACCUGGAGCUGAACGAGCGGCUGCAGGAGGCUCGAGGUCAGCUGCUACGACAGAGGGAGGAGCUCAAGGCAGCGGGGGAGGAGCUGGACAAAGAUGUGGAAAAGGUCAAGGGUCAAACUCUCUGACUCUAAAACAUCUGCUGCCACGGACGCCUCGUCUCUAGACGCCUCGUCUCUAGACGCCUCGUCUCUAGACGCCUCGUCUCU